AUGGCCGAGUUCGUCGUGAUCGACAGAAGGUCGGCCUACAAUGCCAUUUUCGGAAGACCUGUCAUCCAUUCACUUCGGGCUGUUCCCUCAACACUUCACCAGGCUUUGAAGUAUUCAACCCCCAAUGGGGUAGGCAUAGUCCGAGGAGAGCAAAGGAUGUCAAGGGAGUGCUAUGCCUCCGCACUCAAAGGGUUAUCAGUAUGUGCCCUGGAAGAACAAGCCGGCUGGGACAAGUCGUUGGAAUCCAAGGCCGACCUACCGCAAGUAGGUAAAAGGGAGUUCUUCGCAACAACAGAGGAGCUCGAGCUUGUUCCUUUGCUUAGCCCUGAAAGACAAGUAAGCAUAGGAACCAAACUGGGGGCCACUGAUAGGGAGGAGUUUAUCAACUUCCUCAGGACCAACUCGAACGUUUUCGCAUGGUCCCAUGAGAACAUGCCAGGAAUCGACCCGAAGAUCAUGGCCGAAUAUGAAGCACUCUUAGCAGGCCUGCGCGUUGCCAAAGGACUGAGGGCCGUCCACAUCAAGGUCUUUAGUGACUCUCAGUUGGUCGUAAACCAGAUUAGGGAGAAGUAUCAAGCAAAAGACUCCCGCAUGGAAAAAUAUUUAACCAAAGUCAGAUCGCACCUCGCUCAGUUAAAGACUUACGAGGUGAAUCAAGUGCCAAGAUCAGAAAAUUCCAAUGCAGACGCCUUAGCCAAAUUGGCGUCAGCAUACGAGACCGACCUGGCCAGAUCGGUCCCGGUUGAGAUCUUGGACAACCCUUCAAUCUUGGAGCCAGAUUUGAUGGAGGUUGACACUCCAACACCUUCAUGGAUGGACCUAAUCGUGGAGUUCAUCAAAGGGAAUCUGCCGCAAGAUCCAAAGGAGCACAAAAAGAUGGCGCGAAAAGUAGCUCAGUUCAUACUCCGAGAUGGAGCAUUGUAUCGGCAAGGAUUUUCCCUGCCUCUCCUUAAGUGUGUGACUCCAGAAGAUGGGAAUUACAUCAUCAGAGAAAUUCACGAAGGAGUAUGCGGCAACCAUUCAGGGGCCAGACAUUAUCCAUCAGCCUCCCGAGCUGCUCACCCCUAUCUCGGCCCCAUGGCCAUUCGCACAAUGGGGGGUGGAUAUCAUAGGUCAUUUUUCUCUUGGCAAAGGGCAAACCAAUUCGCCGGUGUCACUGUGGACUACUUCACCAAGUGGGCCGAGGCCGAGGCGCUCUUUCACAUCACGGAGACCAGAGUCACAUCUUUCAUAUGGACGGACAUUGUAUGCCGUUUCGGUAUACCAAACGCUAUCGUGACGGACAACGGAAAGCAGUUCGACAAUGCAAAGUUCAAAGACUUUUGCAGAAGGUUGGGCAUAAGCCAUCUCAGUUCGUCCCCUGCACAUCCGAAAGCAAAUGGGCAGGUUGAAGCGAUAAAUAAAAUAAUAAAACGAGGGCUCAAGAUGAGAUUGGACUCUAGGAAGGGGAGAUGGGCUGAAGAGCUACCCGAGGUAUUAUGGUCAUAUCGGACCACCCCAAGAGAAUCAACUGGCGAAACCCAAUUCUCACUGACCUUUGACUCUGAGGCUGUCGUUCCAGUCGAGAUCGGCAUGCCAACAGACAGAGUAGAACAGUACGAACCAACAAGGAACGAGGAAGAACUACUCCUUGACCUCGACUUACUAGAAGAAAAAGGGAGAUGGCUCAGCUACGAUUAG